AUGGCCUAUGUUCCUCCAAGAGUGCCUACAAAAUGCUGGCAAUUGAAGAGACAACAAACUCUCCACCAAUUAACAUUCCCAUGCAGGUCCUACAGAUCCUUCGUCAAGUGUGGGUCGACAAGACAAUCCAACCAAGGGUCAAGACGUUUGCUUGGAGGUUACUUAGACUUGCUUUGGGCACUGCUAGCAGAGUGCACAGAAUAAUACCAAGCAUUGAUGAGACAUGUUCACGUUGUGGUCGAAUAGAGAAUGAAAAUCAUAUCUUUUUUGAAUGCAGCUUUGCCAGGGCAGUAUGGUUUGGAUCAGCGCUAGGCCUCAGAGCGGAUGCUUUGCCAUCAUUAGGACAUGGUCUCCAUAUCCAGGUAGCCACAAUCCUACAGCAAGGCCAAUCUCUAUCCACCACAGGCCUGAUUUUUUCUAUCAUGUGGUGCCUCUGGAAAUCACGUAACGAUCACAGGUUCAACAAUGCACAUUGGUCGGUUGCUAGAGUGCUUCAUGAGGCUGUAGCUAUAGACAGAUCUUACAGUCUGGCCAUGGAAGAAGACUUAUCCCUUUCUAAUACUCCUGCGCAUCAAGCCAACCAACAAUGCUUACAUCUAGGUACAAGACCUGCAACUGUCACUAUUCAAUUACAGGAUGGGCCAAAAAUCUUUUGUGAUGCCUCUGUUUGUACACAACCUCCUCCAAAUGCAAACCAAACAGGCAUAGGUAUUUUCAUACUCACGAAUCCAACAAAUAGUGUCUGUAAUGCAUCUUUUCUUCAGGUUGCCGUUCCAAAAAUCAUCGACCCACUGGAGGCGGAAGCACAAGCUCUCCUAUUAGGAGCCAAAGUAGCUCUUGCAUUGAACUUGCAGGUGGCCAGCUUGCUUACUGACAAUCAGAUCGUGGCGAUGGCUGCACAAGAAGGAUCACUACUCCAUAAUCCAGGUCAUUGGUCUCUCAGACCAAUACUUGCGGACCUUGCAGAAGCCACAAGAGGAAUGCAUUACUCAAUUAUCAAGAUUGGAAGAGAAGCCAACAAGGUUGCAGACAAGCUCGCGAAGCAGGCAAGACAAGCCCCAAUUCCAAGUUCUUGCCUUUACUCAUGCGAGGCUCUAGGGCAUUCUCAAAAUUGUAUUGUGCAGAUGGCACUACAAAACUUUCAAUGGGGCAUGUUUUGUCCCAUCUCUGUACUUUGCUUAUGAGUGAUGAUUAAUAAAAUACUUACUGUUUCAAAA